AUGCCAUGUACUAGUGAUUCACAUCCCAAAUUUACCAUUACGGACAGGCAAUGCUGUUUGGAAUGGGAGUCUGAGGACUACACUAUUCGUGACACCUAUUUAGACUGGCGAAUGGAGCUCGUUCCCCACAAUCCAAAGAUCGAGCGACAGGGACUUGUGCCGAAAGACGAAGAGGAACUGUGCUUCAAUAUCCCCACUUACCCCUACCAGAAAUACGACUUGAAACUGUCAUGUAGCUACACGGAUCUGCUUGAGCCUUGGACGGAUGACUACUAUCCUCUGACCUUCACCACUCCGCCAGCGGUUCCGUCUCGGCCACCGAAGUUGGUUCCCAAUGGGUUUUUUCACGAUCCCAAGGGGAGACGGCUUUACGUCUUGUGGGUGCAACUGGAUGAACUGGAGUUUAAUGGGCCCAACUUUUCGUACGUCGUGACCACGGACACGGGUAAGAGGGCCGUCCUCUUGAGCAACAACUCCGCCAUAUUUCACGACUGGGACGCCACGCGUUCGUUCGUCGUUUCUGCUUGGAGCCGGAACUCUCUGGGACCGUCGGCGGAAAGCAGCCAACUCAAGGUGCCCAUUUUGACCCAGGGCAGGAGCCAUCAGCCGCAGGACUUGCGGUAUCACGAAGACAACUUUACCAUCUCUUGGCAGGCCCCUCGGGAUCAGGAAGCUCUUAUUGGUUACGUGGUCAGCUGGUGCACCGCUCCCAGGAACAGCUCGCAGAUCUGUGACGACCAGAGCCCCAUUCGGUAUCGGGAACUAGGGCCGUCCCAAAGGCACUUCUCGUUUAUUAGCCCUGAGAAGUUGCACAAUGUGGCAGUUUCGGCCAAGUACAACGACAGCUUCAGCGGUGGAAAGCCGCUAGUCCUUCCUAGUUUGGUAACUACCAACAAAGAGAAAAGCCUCCCUAACCUGAGGUUAAGUUCCUAUAUUGGACUAUUGGCACUGGCCUUCCUACUCCUGCUCUGUUUGAUCCCCGUAUUGGUUCGAAAAUUAUACAAGUCGUCGGAUAUUACCGCAUCCCCUUCCGAUAAAUUGUAUCCAAGCUCUUAUGAUCUCAUUUCAAAUGCAGAUAUAGAGGCAUGA